AUGUAUUCUCAGGCUGAGGCUGCAAACCAGGGGAUUGGAUCACAUGGCAGCCCAGAAGCUCCUGAUGUUGUAAAACUCGAGUCUUCUCACCGAUUGUCGCCCAGCAUCAGUCUGCACACCUUCUCGGUUCCAAAAAGGGCGAGCCUUUUAGUCUCAUUUCAACCCUCGCAAAAUGUGACACUCCAAUUUCCUGAUGACUUGGAUCUCAUCUACGGAUCUAAAUCUCUGAAAGAAGAAGAUCGCUGCCUUACCUUUACUCCUUGCCAGCUCUCCGAUUCACCAGAUGCUGAUUUUUUCACAAUGUCAGUGAUAACGAGGAACGGGCGUGUCACAGGACUUCUCGGAAUCCCGAGGCCACAUGGUCGGCUGACAGCCAAAGUUGUUGGCACGGGAGGUGGCUUCUCAACACCGAAUAUCGAAAACAUUGGUUUUGCAAUUUGUAUUGCAGGAGGAACCGGCAUUGCGCCGUUUCUUGCAAUGACAAAUGCUCGGUGGGGAGCCAAUGGCUGUCCAGGAAGGGUCUCAUUAAUAUGGAGCAUCAAUGGAAAUGACUUCCCUUUGGUAGAAUACUUGGUACGGGGAAAGAUCCUCCAGAGCAUCCACUGGCUUUCUGUUACGAUUUUCGUCACAAAGGGUGAUGAUCUCGAUGGGCUGGUAGCUGGAAAGACGGAGGGUUGGUGGGCCAAGAAGAUUAGUGAAAUGCGAGUAGAGAUUGAUUCAAGUAUUCAGACCCGGUUCCGGAGGAUGGAGAUGGAAGAUCUGAAUUCGAUGAUUUCAAACAGUGAUCAUCAAGUUCUUUUCUGUGGGAGUAAAUCGUUGGAGUGGCAGGUCCGAAUGUGGUGCCUGAACAAGUGCCAAGUGGUCAAAACUGAGCUGUCUUAG